CUGUGUCUCUCCGGCAGUACUGGUCCGCGCCCUCGGAGCUCCUUGUCGCCAUGCCUCGGAAAACUGAGGAGAUCAAGGAUUUUCUGCUCACAGUGAGGCGGAAGGAUGCCAAGUCUGUCAAGAUAAAGAAGAACAAAGACAAUGUGAAGUUUAAAGUUCGAUGCAGCAGAUACCUUUAUACCUUGGUCAUCACAGACAAAGGAAAGGCAGAGAAGCUGAAGCAGUCGUUGCCCCCAGGCUUGGCGGGAAAGGAGCUGAAAUGA